UUUACCAGUUGAAAGUUAACGCAUCACCAGUUGACAGUUAACGCAUUACCAGUUGACAGUUAACGCAUCACCAGUUGACUGUUGACGCAUUACCAGUCGACAGUUGACGCAUUACCAAUUGACAGUUAACGCAUAACCAGUUGACAGUUAACGCAUUUCCAGUUGCCAGUUGACGCAUUACCAAUUGACAGUUAACGCAUUACCAGUUGACAGUUAACGCAUUACCAGUUGACUGUUAACGCAUUACCAGUUGACAGUUGACGCAUUACUAGUCGACAGUUAACGCAUUACCAGUUGCCAGGUAACGCGUUACCAGUUGCCAGCUAACACGUUACCAAUCGCCAGGUAACGCGUUAACGGCUGCCGGGUAACGAACUUCGUUACUAUGCUCAGGUCCGCAGACAUGUUGACAGUAUUGAUGGUAUUCGUGGUAACCAUGCUAACGGCGGCGGCGCAGUCCUGCCAUUACCUGGACAGGAAUCCUUACAGGAACUUCGGGAUACUCACGGAUUACCAGGCAGCCAAGCUCUCCCUCGCCACCUACGCCAUCGAUACCAGUUAUCAGGCCACUACAUUGGACUGCGUUGUGUUGUCGUACUGGCAGUUCAGCAGGGAAGGAACGUCGCUCCCAGAAUACGGACUGGUCGACCCCUCCACAACGGACGCCCUCCUCUUCCUGAAGACCAAGAUCAUUGAGAGCCAUCAACUGGGCAGAGGUUCUCUGUGUGCUGAGGACCUGUCAGCGCUGGUGAGCUGGACGGGUCCCCCAGUGGGGGUACUGGAGGGGGUGGGGGAGCUUACCAGCGUGGGUGCCCACGACCUCUACGCCACCGCCAGGCGCUACAGCAGCGCCUUCUUCGGGCCAGUGUACGACUUCUCUCCCGCGAGCUUCAGGGUGGUGCACUCCUCCAGCAGCGCCUCCUACAGCAGCGCCUUGGCCAUCCUACACGGCAUGACACCUCCUACCUCCACGUCACCCCACCUGGGGGCCCUCACCCCCCAACUCUACCUCAGGGGGAGUGAUGACCUCACCCAGUACAAAUGCCGGCUGUCGAGCGAGGUGUGGCGGGGGGCGGGGGGUGAGGAGCAGGAGAUGGUCGCCGGGGUCACGGAGUCCGUCCGCGUCAGACUCGGCCUCCCGGAGCAUCUCUUCGGGCGGGGCCACCUGCAGUGGACGUAUGACGCGUGUCGGGCGGCGGUCGCCGUUGACCCAAGCGCCUACUCGCCCUGGUGCGCCAUCUUCUCCAAGCCUGAACUCGAGCUGCUGGAGCUGGUCGACGACAGCAUCUGGUAUCGCAGGCUCGGCCUACAUCGGCACAACUACGAGGAGAUGAUCAACUACGAACUGAUGCCGGCCUGCCGCAGCCUGCAGCACCUGAUGGAGUACUUCAGGGGCAUCGUGGAGGAGGGCCACUUCCACCAGCAUCGUCUCACCAGCGCCCGCGUCAUUGUGAGCGACGCCUCGGCGCUGCUGCGCCUCCUGGCCGUUCUGGGCGUCAACGCCGAGGCGACGCCCGUCACGGCCACCGACCCCGCCAUGCUGCACCACCGUCGGUGGCGGGUGUCGGAGCUCGCGCCUUUCGGAGGUCACCUGGUGCUGACGCUGACGCGGUGCCACCAGCAAGAGUUCUUCGUGCGCGCCUACCUGCAGGAGACGCCCUUCCCCAUCCUCAACUGCCCCACCGACUGCCCCUGGGGCGUCUUCCUCGCCAACGUCGAUCACCUGCUGGGGUACUGCCCAGACGUCCUCCACUGCCCCUCCAGCGCCAACGCGGUCACCGCCGAGGACCUCGUAGUUCUUCUGCUGGGGGUGACGAUCAUCCUGGGAGUGAUGUGGGGGCGUGAUGGUGUACUGCUGAGUCGGUGAUGUGGUGGUGGGCAAGAGAGGGACAUCCCGAGGGAAAGAAUAAGAGGGGACAGAAGGGAUUACGAGAGAUGUGCCGCAAUCAUGUCCAGUCUGUUGCAGUUUCCGUUUCGCGAUAAUAAAUUUUUU